CAAACAUAAACGUAACGCGGCCUUGUCUCAAUUGUCUGCAAAUAUAUAUAUACGGAGUAUGUAGUACGUCCUACAGAAUAUAUUUAACUUGAUCUAUGUUACAAACAAUAGAUGGUACUCUGUAUAUCAUCUAUAUAUACUCGAUCAUAAAUAGAUUAUAUUAAUUCACUUUUCAUUUCUUUGAACUGAAUGAGGUCGAGAGAAGUACGUACCAAAUUACUACGCAAGUACAAUCAUCAUGGAGACAAGGAUCCUAAGAUGCUUCUCAACUAAGAAAUUUAUGAAAGUUGUCAUCCUUGUGUUCUUAUUCAUCGCUGCCAUGUUUACGGUGGUGUUGGCGAAGGGUACUUCCACCUCUCGAGGUGGCCGAGGUAGCCGAGGCAGACGAGGUGGCCGUGGCCGCUCUGCUAGAAGAAGUCCUACAUGUGGUGGAAAAAGUUGUACACAUACAUAUGGCGGAUAUAUUGGUCAUCAUAAUCACUCGGGAGUUUCAUCUAUUUCCACUGUGACAUGGAAUCCAAAGUUUGGGCUCGAGCUCCAACUUCACAUCAUCAUCUUUAAUGUGUUUAUCAUACUUUUCUUAGCUUAAUCUGAAAAAAUUCUUUAAGCUAGUGCGUUUAUAUACGUGAGUAUUUCAUAUGGGGACAUGCAUUCAAUUAAUUCAGAUUGCUCUAAGUAUUAUAGAAUACUUAAUGUUCGAUCACGACCUUCAUUUUAUUUACUA